CCAUCUUUACAACCUUUUAUAUAUACAGCAACCUAAAUGAAGGUAUUCUGCUUUUGCAAAGCUCGCGAGAAUCUUAUUGCACUUCAAAUUAUUAACAACUGGUCGGCGCCAGAAACAGGAAAGAAUUGCGCAGCUGCGCGUUAAUCCUUGCCAAUUCAGCCUCAUAUGCAUGACAGCAAACCUCAAAACUCAUUCCUUACAAGGCCAAGCUACACACUUGAUGUUAUAUAAAUCACUAAUAUAAAGCUGGAAUUCCAGCAUCGAUAGCUGCUUUUUCAUUAUCACUGGGAGCAGCGUUUCCAAAAAUCGUCAAUGGAAGCACCAUUCUUUUCGGAGGAUCCAGAAGUACCAUUAUCACCUAUUUCUAGUGCAUAUGACUUGCAAGCAGAAGUUUACUCGCUCGCAGGAGUUGGCGGAUUCUCAGAAUUCUUCAACGACUCAGGACUCUCCGAUUUCCCAGGACUCCUUUACAACUCGAAAUACUCCGUCAAUUCAGCAAUCCCCAACGACUCAGGACUCUCCGACGACCAAAAGAUCUUCAACGACUUAAAGACCUUCAACGACUUAGGACUCCCCGGCUACCCAGGACUCCUUUACAACUCGAAAUACUCCGUCAAUUCAGCAAUCCCCAACGACUCAGGACUCUCCGACGACCAAAAGAUCUUCAACGACUUAAAGACCUUCAACGACUUAGGACUCCCCGGCUACCCAGGACUCCUUUACAACUCGAAAUACUCCGUCAAUUCAGCAAUCCCCAACGACUCAGGACUCUCCUUCAACCCAGGACUCUCUUCGGAGUCAGAAAACUCUAAAUCGAAUGGAUCAGCAAUCACCGUCUUUUCAACACCCUCUAACGACUCAAGAGACUCUAACGAAUUAGGAUUCCCUAUCGGUUCAACACUUUUCUACGGUUCAGAAAAAUUUGAAGACUCGGUGAAAUUAGGUCAUUUAGUAGACCUCUCUUUCCAAGCCAAGACUGCUGGUAUCAAUGAGGAUCAUGGCCUUUUUCCGGCAGAGAAACUGCACAAGGAUUUUUCCUUGACAACGAGCUCCUCAUUUGGUGGCUCUAAGGUCAGAAUGGACAAAUUCAGCGAUGAUUUUAACGAUAAUCAAAUCUUCAUUUCACCAGACCAACCUGAUCAUAACACCCGAGUACUAUGCCAUCCUGGGCCUGAAUGCUCGGAUCACGGGUGCAAUGGGCGACACUCUGGCAGCUGUUCCAACCUCCCACAUCGCCAAAGCGAAAGAGGAAAUGCGUCUGACAAGCAUUCAAACUCGAAUUGGGACGUUUGGCCUCCGACCUCCAAGAAUCGCGAUAGUCAUAAUUCUUACUCUUAUGAAGAGAAUGUUAACAUCAAGGAAAAAUCGCUUUGCUCACCCUCAUUGAUCGCCGAUGUUAGGAACCUCGAUAGCAAGCCCGGAUCUAUCUACGGAUACCGGUGUCCUACACUUAAGUUCCGCACUAGCUAUAAGCAGAGUUCUUUGCCAAAUUUAUUUACAUCAGCGGAUGCGGUACUCGGGAAUCUACCCCAAGAAAGUGUAUCCGGGCCACGAAAUGACGAUACUAAGCCAUCCGCCAUGGAGGAAACGGCUGUUUCAUGCGAUCUGAGACUCAUUAAUCCUUCAAGUCCGAAACUUGAACCUUCCUGCAAACAGACAAAAGUACAAGAUUCCUCACCUCUUUCAAAUUCUUGCUCCCCGUGGUCCUCAGAUGAUGAUACAGACUUGGAAGAUGAUGAAUCUGACCGCGAAGGGCACACUGCUAAGACGGAGAUUUCUACCAAAUCCAAUGCUUCAACGACAGAAAAUCAGGCUCCAGGUUUUGAUACGCACCCGUUCUUUUUUAAGUUGAAAUAUGAAUUAAUCGAUUCCAUCAUGUUGGAAUUCUGGGAGUAUUUCAAUAGGAGAGAAGAAACAAUCAGGUAUGUUUGGGCGCUGAGGUUGUUUAUACCACGAAACAUAUACUUACAAUCAUUGAGAAUCGAAAAAGGUAUAAUACAAAACACGCAUAUCAGAAAAUGCAAUGGUUCAAGGAAAAGUUCUACAGCUGAGCAGAAUACAACCCCAACAUCAAAGACUGACUCACCCACUACUACCUCUCCUGAACUGGGCUUAGAGACUCAUAAAGACGAAGGCCGAAGCAAGAUGAGAAAGAGGAUGGGCAAAGGUGAUGACUCGGAUAAUGAAGGAAAAAAAGAGAGAAAUCCAAAGAGACCCAGGAAUCUCUCAACGCGAUCUCGCAUCCUUGAUGAUGCAAAAAAGUUUGCUUGCCCGUAUCGUAAACACGAUGCCAAAAAAUACUGCAUUCAGAACUGGCGUUCUUGUGCUCUGACCCCUUUGGAUAGUGUAGCUCGCGUAAAGUACAAUAACUUUGUUCUUUUUGAGGUAAAUGUUUCUGACAAUAGCAUAGGGGACAUCUCUAUCGACAUCAUCGUAUAUUCCAAUGUCAACGAUGCAAACGGCUCUUCAGCGAUCAGCAAGAGGUUAAUGAUCAUCUCAAACAAGCGGAGGCCUGCGAACUAUCUAAAGAUGUCCAGGACGACGGCAUCACCAAUGAGAUUAUGGAGAAGCUGAGGAGUAAGAAAAAGACACAUCGUAGUCAAUCUGAAGAAGAUAGAUGGAAAGAGAUGUAUCGAACAAUAUUCUCUACAGAUGUCAUACCAGAUCCUUGUAAGCCAAAGUUUUUUCUCCUAAAUUCGGAACAUAUCUCCGGCAAUAGCUAACUGAAAUUAGAUUUCGAAGAAGUUCAAGAAGACUUUAUGCAAUCUCUGAAUGCUCAACAACUUACAGACUACGAAGAAUACUGUCGCCAAGAGCUCCCCCGAAUCGUCAAAGCUGAAUUAGAAGAAACCAUCAACAGCUUGGAAAAGCAGCUAAAGCACAAACUACUAGAAAUAAUUUGCAAUGCCCAAGAUCGAGUUUUUGCCAGCUACAGAUCUUCCUCGAUCCCUCUAGGGACAAAUGAUGGAAGCGAAGCAAGUCUAUACUCUGGCUCUUACGAGCCGGUACUUCCAACUUCCCCCUCACAGAUGGUAGCGAUGGGGUGUCAGUUUACAAGUAACGAAUCGGGAGAAACCUAUUCAACUCAAGAGCCACGCUUUUUCCAACCACUACCAUCCCAAAUCAAUCUGGACUCAAGAUUGGAUGUCGCGGCCCUGGAUAUAGAAGCUACAUGUCCGGAGUACAAUGAUCAGUUAAACUCUGUACAUAACGCCAUCACGGAUAUACCCCCUCUACUAACCACCAACUAUAUCACUAAAACCCCCGCCUCGAACUUGGAGGACCUGCCUUGUCUACCAGUUAACCGAGGAGAAACUAGCGAAGCGGAAAGUAAAGCCGCUAACUCGCCUCUGGGGUAUGGCAUUGAUAAAGGGGAAAACACAACAGAUUACUUUGAUUCUUCUCUUUUACAAAACGGCAUGGAUAUCAAUUUUAGUAAUAUGGACUUUUCAAAUCUUGACAUGAGCUAUUUUGAUAAUGUGGAACCUUUGAUUCUGGAGGAUUUAUAAGUCGGAUUGGAAGAACGAGGUUUGAAGAGUGCGAAGCUGGACGAAUUUCCAUAAAGGAUAUAGAUUUCCGGGAUCCAUGAUCUAUACCACGGCUGCGGGCAGUCCACUUAAAGUAGUUUAAGCCUGCAUACCUAGGGUAUUCCAGCGGAUCAAUGACCUAUCAUAUGUAUGUAUCCUUAGUACCGAAUCUCAAAAUGCCACUUUUCCAGUCUUGACACUCAGCGGUCGACCAGAAGUCACAAGCAC